CUAAAAACGACAUUAAAGCUGGUAAUUACUGAUAUUCCAUUACAAUUGUCGUUCGUGCAGAUGAGAUCUGGGUCGAGCUGAUUGUGAGUUACAAAGUGUUGAAAAUAUGAAAAAAAUUUCAUCAUGUUCAAAUAUAAAAAGGUUAAUUUAGGUGUCUCUCAGCAUUAUAAGAGUGGCGUCGCAAAAAUUGAACAUGAUCGCUGCUCUAACACUUUGCUGUGCACCAAUUGCUCAACGAUGGAUCUUUGCUCUGAUGGGCUUCUUGGCCCUUGUUAUGGCUUAUGGAAUGCGUGUCAGUCUUUCAAUUACCAUAACAGAAAUGGUGAAGCCCAUAAUAAGAAGUGACGCAUCAUCAGAUGAUUCUUGUCCCGUUUACGAUACGGACGUUUCAAUAAAUAAAUCGAGAAGCAUUGGCGACACAUACGAAUGGGACGAAUACACACAGGGCAUCAUCCUAUCUUCGUUCUAUUGGGGAUACGUCGUGACGCAAUUGCCAGGGGCAUUAAUCGCCGAGAAGUUCGGCGGUAAGCACACCCUGGGUUUCGGCAUAUUGUCGACGGCCGUGCUGACCUUCGCAAUCCCGGUCGCCGUGGAAUGGGGCGGCUCGACCGUCCUCAUAAUCCUGCGUGUUCUAAUGGGUUUCGGCGAGGGUGUAACUCUACCGGCGCUCAACGUCAUGCUCGCCCAGUGGACGCCCCCCGACGAAAGAUCGAAGACUGGUUCGUUCGUGUACGUGGGCGCACCGCUGGGUACGGUCUUCGCGACCGCUCUGUCCGGCUUGAUUCUCAACCACACCGAGUGGCCGAUGGUCUUCUACUUCUUCGGUGGUAUGGGUCUCGUCUGGUACUUGGUCUGGAUUGUCGUCUGCUACAACACGCCACGCGAGCAUCCUUUCAUAACGGAGCAGGAGGCCAAGUAUUUGGACCAGCAGCUGAGCGAGCACGCCCACGAGAAACCGGCACCGGUGCCUUGGAGGCACCUGCUUACGUCAAUGCCACUCUGGGCCCUCAUACUCGUGCAAGUCGGUCACGACUGGGGCUUCUAUACCGUCGCCACCGACUUGCCCAAGUACAUGAGCAGUGUCCUGCACUUCUCCGUCGAGAAAAAUGGUUAUCUGUCGUCACUGCCUUAUGUCGGCAUGUGGCUGUGUUGCGUGUGCAUGUCGUGGGUCGCCGACUGGCUCAUCAGCAAUAAGCGCAUGUCGAUCACAAUGGUGCGGAAGCUCGGGACGACCAUAGCCUCGGUACUCCCGGGCCUCUUCAUCGUCUCGGCUGCCUACGCCGGAUGCGACAGGGUAUUAGGCGUCAGCUUGUUCACGCUCGGCGUUACUUUCCUCGGUACGGGCAUUCCAAGUCUCAAGGUCAACGCGCUUGAUCUCAGUCCGAAUUAUGCCGGGACGGUAAUGGCCAUAAGUAAUGGAGCGGCUGCGUGCACCGGGAUAUUGACGCCGUACGUGGUCGGUGUACUUACACCCGAGCAAACUCUUAGCCAGUGGCGUCUCGUUUUCUGGAUCAUUUUUAUCAUACUUAUGAUCAGUAAUGUUUUUUACUUGAUAUUCGCAAGCGGUGACAUUGCGACGUGGAAUGAUCCGGUUCUCAUGAAGAAAAAUAAGGAAGAGAAAAGGAGAGCUAAAAUGAAAGCUAGUGAAGUGUAAAGAGUUUUUGCGCACAAUAUUUCUCGUAUUAUAGACAACCACGACGAUGAAUUUUUCUUCUUCUUUUUCUUCUUCUUCUUCUUCUUCUUCUUCUUCUUCUUCUUCUUCUUCUUUAGGUUAACGUUCGACAUUAAA